AUGGCCGAAGGCGGGGCGAGCAAAGGUGGAGGAGAGGAGCCAGGGCGCACGGAGCCGGCGGACGAGGAGUCCCCGGUCCUGCACGGGGCAGGCCACUGUAAGUGGUUCAACGUGCGCAUGGGAUUCGGGUUUAUCUCUAUGGUGAGCCGAGAGGGGCGCCCCUUGGACCUUCCCGUCGAUGUGUUUGUACACCAAAGUAAACUAUUCAUGGAAGGAUUUAGAAGCUUGAAAGAAGGAGAACCAGUGGAAUUCACAUUUAAAAAAUCUUCCAAAGGCCUUGAAUCAAUACGGGUAACAGGACCAGGUGGAAGCCCCUGUUUAGGAAGUGAAAGAAGACCCAAAGGGAAGACACUACAAAAACGAAAACCAAAGGGAGAUAGGUGGAGACGGCAGGAUUUACUGAUGGAUCAGAUGUGGACUGUGAGAGAAGAAGAGUCCAGGAUGACUCCAAGAUGCUACAACUGUGGCGGCCUUGACCAUCAUGCUAAGGAAUGUAGUCUACCUCCUCAGCCAAAGAAGUGCCAUUACUGUCAGAGUAUCAUGCACAUGGUGGCAAACUGCCCACAUAAAACUGUUGCACAGCUGCCCACCAGUUCUCAGGGAAGACAGGAAGCAGAGUCCCAGCCGUGCGCUUCUACUUCCCCUUCAGAAGUGGGAGGAGGGCAUGGCUGCCCAUCACCAUCAUUUCCUCGGGAGGCCAGGUCACAGAUCUCAGAGCGGUCAGGCAGGUCACCUCAAGAAGCUUUCUUUGUGAAGGCAUCUGCAGCACCAGAAGAGCAAAACAAAAAGGGGCCUUCAGUUCAAAAAAGGAAAAAGACAUAA